GCAUCCUCGCGAGCAGCCUUUUUCUCUUACUUCCUCCGUAUCUGGUAAAAUUCCUGCCAAGAUGUCCUGCCAGCAGAACCAGCAGCAGAGCCAGCCCCCACCCAAGUGCCCCUCACCCAAGUGCCCCCCAAAGAGCCCAGCACAGUGUCUGCCUCCAGUCUCCUCCUGCUGUGCUCCAAGCCCUGGGGGCUGCGGUGGCCCCAGCUCUGAGGGCGGCUGCUGCCUGAGCCACCACAGGUGCCACAGGUCCCAUCGAUGCCGGCGCCAGCGAUCCAACUCCUGUGGCAGGGGCAGUGGUCAGCAAGGUGGGGGCUCCUCCUGUGGCCAUGGCUCUGGAGGCUGCUGCUGAUGUGGAUCCUGAUGAUAAGAUAAGUGAUCUUCGGAAGAAACAAGAAUCCCAAGGGCCCAGGAAAAGCCCC